AGAUCCAUCCUCUAUAAAUGGCUUCACGACCGCCCGCCAAAAUGUCGAAUGCUCAUUCCAACUUUACACUUUAUCUGGUAUUGUAAGAUCACAUCAUGUAUACACAAAUCGAUUCCAACGACGCAAGAUUCCGAUCCGAUGCCUCUGGUGUCGGAUCGAAGCAAGCUCCCUCUUCCGAUUCGGCUAUCCCGACCUUGAAAUUGAGUGAUGGGAACGAGAUGCCCAUGGUUGCAUAUGGCCUGGGUAUGGCCUUUAGCCAAGGUGACACGGAGCAUAUUGUGAGCUCUGCACUCAGGGGAAUUAAGAGCGGUUUCAACCACUUAGAUGCCGCAGAAGCGUAUGGCAAUGAGAAGGGACUCGGCAUAGCCAUCCGAAAUUCCGGAGUACCGCGCUCGCAACUCUUCAUUACCACCAAGGUGUGGACGGUAGCGACGACCGUAAAGGCGGCUUUCGAGGCUUCGCUUGAGCGACUCGGUGUCGAUUACGUCGACUUGUACCUGGUGGGUUGGCCACAGAUCGCCGAUACUCCCGAUCGUCUGCAGCAGAUCUGGGCCGAGGUCGAAGCCAUCCGGGAGAGCGGCAAGGCACGGUCCAUUGGCGUCUCCAACUUCCUGCAGGACCACUUGCAGACGAUCCUCAAGACAGCUAAGGUUAAGCCUGCCGUCAACCAGAUUGAGUACCACCCGUACCUACAGCACGGAAACCUCAUCGACUUCCAACGCCAGAACAACAUCGCGACUGCGGCGUACUCGCCGCUCACAGCGCUUACGAAGGCGCGCCCUGGUCCCGUUGACGGCAUCUACGCUUCGCUUGCCAGGAAGUACGGCGUCUCAGAGGCUGAAAUCGCACUUCGGUGGGCCAUAGACCAGGGCAUUGCGGUCGUCACGACCAGCAGCAGCGACGAGCGCCUGUAUAGCUUAAGAAGGAAGCUACCCACAUUCAAGCUCACGGCUAGCGAGAUCGCGGAGAUCACAGAACUUGGGAAGAGGAAACACUUCCGCGGGUUCUUCAACGAUAUCUUUGCCCCCGAAGAUAGGCGUUAAGCCUUUGGGCAUAUUUGGUUAGAGGGUUUUUGAUUUCGACAAGUAAAAAUGUGCCUCCGUAGCACGACAUUAAGGCGUCUAGUAAAUUUGAGGUUCGGAUAGGGGGUUUUGAUAUAACCAAAUAGUAUCGUGUUAAAUCUCGAUGGGAACAAUAGCUUAGCAAUAUAGGCGCUCUUGCCACU